AUGGCGUCUGACAAUAGUCCUGAAUGGACCGCUCCAAAGGUCCGAGAGACUUUCCUGAAUUAUUUCAAGGAGAAUGGUCAUACUUUUGUUCCCUCCUCGGCCGUCGCGCCUCUCUCCGACCCAACCCUCCUCUUCACCAAUGCUGGCAUGAACCAGUUCAAGUCGAUUUUCCUCGGUACCGUUGACCCGCAGUCAGACUUUGCGAAAUUAAAAAGUGCAGUGAACUCGCAAAAGUGUAUUCGUGCCGGUGGAAAACACAAUGAUCUGGACGAUGUCGGCAAGGACAGCUACCACCAUACCUUCUUCGAGAUGCUCGGUAACUGGAGUUUCGGCGACUACUUCAAGAAGGAAGCCAUUAACUACUCGUGGACUUUGCUCACCAAGGUCUAUGGCCUGCAACCUGACCGCCUAUAUGUCACUUACUUCGAAGGCGAUGAGGCCAGUGGCGUGGAACCUGACCUGGAGGCAAAGGAGUUAUGGAAAUCCGUGGGUGUUCCAGAGGCAAACAUCCUCUCUGGCAACAUGAAAGAUAAUUUCUGGGAGAUGGGUGACCAAGGCCCCUGCGGUCCUUGCAGUGAGGUGCACUAUGACCGCAUCGGUGGCCGAAAUGCCGCCCACCUGGUCAACAUGGAUGACCCCAACGUGCUGGAGAUCUGGAACAACGUCUUCAUCCAAUACAACCGCGAGGCAGACCGUUCCUUGCAACCUCUCCCCAACAAGCACGUCGACACUGGACUGGGAUUCGAGCGUCUGGUUUCUAUCCUGCAGGAUAAGUCAUCUAACUACGAUACCGACGUCUUCACACCUAUCUUCCAGACCAUCCAAGAGACCACCGGAGCUCGGGAAUACCGCGGCAAAUUUGGUGCCGAAGAUGCCGAUGGUAUCGAUACUGCUUACCGUGUAGUGGCGGACCAUGUGCGAACUCUCAUGUUUGCUAUCUCCGAUGGUGUCGCCCCUAACAAUGAGGGUCGUGGUUAUGUCAUCCGUCGUGUUCUGCGCCGAGGAGCUCGCUUCGCGCGUAAAUAUUUCCAAGUCGAAAUCGGCAGCUUCUUCUCCAAGCUCGUGCCCACUGUUGUCGAGCAGCUUGGCGAGAUGUUCCCCGAGCUAACGAGAAAGCAGCAGGACGUGAUGGAGAUUCUGGAUGAGGAGGAAUUGUCAUUUGCCAAGACUUUGGAUCGGGGCGAGCGUCAAUUCGAACAAUACGCCCAGCAGGCCAAGGUCAAGGGCGAUGACAAGCUCCACGGGGCUGAUGUUUGGAGACUUUAUGACACUUUCGGUUUCCCCGUUGACUUGACCCAAAUCAUGGCUGAGGAACGUGGCCUUCGCAUCGACGAUGUUGAAUUCGAAGAAGCACGCCUGAAGGCCAAGGAGGCCAGCAAAGGACAGAAGAAGGCGGCCGCAAGUGCCGUCAAGCUUGAUGUCCACGAUAUCAACAAGCUGGAGAAAAUGAGCGGUGUUACGAAGACGGACGAUUCGGCCAAAUUCGGCAGGGAAAACAUUACUGCCCAUGUCAAGGCCAUCUACCAUGCUAGAAGUUUCCAUGAAAAUACCGAUAGCAUCCCCGAGGGCGAGCAACUUGGGCUCAUCCUCGACAAGACCAACUUCUAUGCUGAGCAGGGUGGCCAGGAAAGUGACACCGGCAAGAUUGUCAUUGACGGCCAGGCCGAGCUUGAGGUUGGUGAUGUCCAGACCUACGCUGGAUACGUUCUCCACACCGGUUUCAUGAAAUAUGGUAAACUGUCCGUGGGUGACUCUGUCAUCUCUGAGUAUGACGAACUCCGCCGCUGGCCGAUCCGGAACAACCACACCGGUACUCACAUUCUCAACUUUGCCCUGAAGGAAGUUCUGGGCGAUGGAAUCGACCAGAAGGGUUCCCUUGUCGCAGCCGAGAAGCUCCGAUUCGACUUCUCUCACAAGGCCGCGGUUUCCGACACCGAUCUGGAGAAGAUUGAAGCAAAGGCUACCGAGUACAUCCGCCAAAAUUGCACCGUCUAUUCCCAAGAAGUCCCUCUGGCCACUGCUCAGCAGAUUUCCGGCGUCCGAGCCGUUUUUGGCGAAACCUACCCCGAUCCCGUCCGUGUUGUCUCUGUUGGCGUUGAGCUGGAAGAAAUCCUGCGUGAUGUGAAGGAUCCCCGCUGGAAGGAGGUCAGCAUCGAGUUCUGCGGCGGAACCCACGUCCAGAAGACCGGCGAUAUCAAGGACCUGAUCAUUCUGGAAGAGAGCGGAAUCGCCAAGGGCAUCCGUCGUAUUAUCGCCGUCACUGGCGAAGAGGCUCACGAGGUCCAGCGUCUAGCCCAAGAAUUUGGACAGCGCCUUGACCGAUUGGAUGGCCUGGCUCUUGGAGCCGAGAAGGAACGUGACGCCAAGCAAAUCCAAGUGGACCUCAACCAACUUGUGAUCUCCGCUGUGCAGAAGGCGCGAUUCCGUACUCGUUUCACUGCUAUCAACAAGCAGGUCCUUGAUGGACAAAAGGCUCAACAGAAGCUUGAGGUUAAGCAGGCCGUUGACGCUAUCAACUCCCAUUUCCAAGACCCUGAGAACAAAGAUUCCUCGUGGUUUGUCGUGAAGCUGCCCAAUCCGGCCAGCGCGAAGGCUGUCAGCGAGUCUAUCAACCACGUCAAGUCGAAAAUGCAGAACAAGAACGUAUAUGUUAUGGCUGUUGACUCUGAGCACACCCGCGUUGCUCAUGGCUGCUUCGUGUCCAAGGAACUUGGUGACCAAGGUGCAUCUGCUACAGAAUGGGCCGCUGUCGUUUCCGGCGCCGUUGGAGGCAAGGCUGGAGGUAAAGGAGCAACCUCUCUUGGAAACGGUACCAACCCAGACAAAAUUGACGAGGCUGUCUCGCUUGCAACUGAAUAUUUGAGCAAAUUCAAGAUCUAA